GGUGUAUUUUAAUUUAGUUUAAUUACUUCACAACAAUUGGCUGUUUUUCUCCAGAAGAACACUAAAGACAAAAAUUAAACCCUCACACUCACAGAGACCGGAGAAGAAGCAGAGAGAAAGAGAGAGAGAGAGAUUCACCGGUGAUAACAUUGAAGCAGAAAGAUUCUCCGGUGAUAACAUUGAAGCUGAGGAGCAAUGUAUCCGACUGGUCAACAGAUUUCGUUUCAGACCACUCCGUUGAAUGUUCAAGAUCCAACAAGGAUGAUGAAUUUGGAUCAAUCUUCACCAGUUGCAAGAAAUGAAACUCAGAAUGGAGGAGGCAUUGCUCACGCUGAGUUUGCUAUGUUCAAUUCCAAGAGGCUUGAAUCUGAUCUUGAAGCUAUGGGUAACAAAAUCAAACAGCAUGAGGAUAAUCUCAAGUUUCUCAAGUCUCAGAAAAACAAAAUGGAUGAAGCUAUCGUCGACUUGCAAGUUCAUAUGAGUAAGCUUAACUCGUCUCCUACUCCUAGAAGUGAAAACUCUGAUAACAGUCUUCAGGGUGAAGAUAUCAAUGCACAGAUCCUUCGCCACGAAAACUCAGCUGCUGGAGUUUUAAGUCUGGUUGAGACUCUUCAUGGUGCUCAAGCUUCUCAGUUGAUGUUGACAAAAGGUGUUGUUGGUGUUGUAGCGAAACUUGGGAAGGUCAAUGAUGAAAAUCUCAGCCAGAUUUUGUCGAAUUAUUUGGGGACUCGCUCAAUGUUGGCAGUUGUAUGCAGGAAUUAUGAAAGUGUUACGGCUUUAGAGGCUUAUGAUAACCAUGGCAACAUUGAUAUAAAUGCUGGCCUUCAUUGCCUUGGCUCUUCGAUUGGAAGAGAGAUUGGAGACAGUUUUGAUGCCAUCUGCCUUGAAAACCUGAGGCCGUAUGUUGGUCAGCACAUAGCUGAUGAUCUGCAAAGAAGGCUUGAUCUUCUGAAACCAAAAUUACCUAAUGGUGAGUGUCCUCCCGGGUUUCUCGGAUUUGCAGUGAAUAUGAUACAGAUCGAUCCAGCUUACUUGCUCUGUGUCACAUCAUAUGGAUAUGGUCUUCGUGAGACCUUGUUCUACAAUCUAUUCUCUCGCCUUCAAGUUUACAAAACAAGGGCCGAUAUGAUUAGUGCCCUCCCAUGCAUAAGUGAUGGUGCGGUAUCUUUGGAUGGAGGAAUCAUCAGGAAAACGGGGAUCUUCAAUCUUGGAAACCGUGAUGAGGUGAACGUGAGAUUUGCAAAGCCAACUGCUUCUCGCACGAUGGACAACUAUAGUGAGGCGGAGAAGAAAAUGAAAGAGCUGAAAUGGAAAAAGGAGAAAACGCUGGAGGACAUUAAGCGGGAGCAAGUGCUCCGUGAGCAUGCCGUCUUCAACUUUGGCAAGAAGAAAGAAGAAUUUGUUCGAUGCUUGGCUCAGAGUUCAUGCACUAAUCAGCCAAUGAACACACCCAGAUGAAAAAAAAGCAAGCAAAGAAGCAUAGAGCUCGGAGUUACAGUGACCCUUGCUUCUAUAGGAAGCCUAUUUUGACUAUAAGUAGGAAGCCUAUUUUGACUAUAAGAACUUGUUUCCAGCUAAGUUUUUGAUAGAUUGCUUCCAUGGAAUGCAUCUUAUCAGAUAUACUAGAUUUUAAUAAAUUUCCUUGAAGGGUAGUAGAUCGGUUAGUUUUGGUUAUGCUGUUUCCAAUCUCUGUCUGUUUUGCUUUUGACUUGACCAGUUUGCUGUGUACAUAAUCAAUCUUCUAGGCUUUCUAAUCAGAUGCUCAGUUUCUAUUGCUUCAUGUAGUUGGAAUACAGUCUUUCCUCACUUCAAAUCUUUGUCCCAAAUGGAUAAGAUUUACAAUUUCUUGUUACGUAUAUAAUGCACCAAAUUGAGUAAUAAAGAAAUGAUUACAUAGACCAUCCACUAAAACAAAUGUUCUACAUAGCAUGUUAAUUUGAAAUCAAAAGCAAACAUGGAAAAAAGAUUUUGCAAACACCUGCAUUAUAGCAAAAGAUUAAUCAUAGCUUAUUGUCCCAAACAAAUCCCUAAUUACAUAAAAGUUGAAUGAUAAGAAGAUAACUAGAGUCUAAUGAAUUCAAGGAAAAAAAUAAGAUCAGCAGGACGGUGGAUCCUGACCAUUGGAUCCACCUGCUUCUACUCCUUUAGCCAUCUCCACCACAUCGGCUUCUUCAACACCACCAGCUUCGUUUUCCCAAAGCAGUUUUGCGGUUUCUUUCUUUUCUUCCACUGCUUUUGGAGGAAUUAAUGCAGCUAUGUUAAUACUUUGAGCCUUCUUCUUCUCUUCUGCAUCUGCUAACUCUUUCGCCUUUGCCUCUGCUUUCAAUCUCUCUUUCUCUUCCAUUAGUUUCUCCAGAUCUCCCUCUCUUCCUCCUUUCCUCAGUUCUUCUUUCACAAACUCUUGCAGUUCCUCACUCACUCUUACCGUGUCAUCAUCCAGCAUCUCAUCCACAAUCUUGAGCAUCUCGUCGAGUCUACCAGCUUCACUUAACGCCCUCAUGAUGAAUUUGUAAGCCUCAUCGUCCAUCUUGAGUUUGCUCACCAUCAUAUCGAAGAAAGAUUUUGCAUCGUCGAGUUUCCCAGCUUUGAUCAACUGAUCUUGCAAACGGUUAUACACAGCCAAAUUUGGUCUUAGAUUAGACUCAACCAUUGUUUUGUAAUACGCAGCUCCUUCAUCUAUCUUACCUUCCUUGAAACAAGUAUCCAUUAACAAACCAUAUGUGUACUCAUCAGGCUUCACAUUUUUCUCUUCCAUUUCACCAUAAAGCUUCUCAGCCUCAGCCAACAACUCGUUGUCACACAGCUGAUUCAUCAGAUUGUUGAACGAUAAAGUAUCAGGACUACACUUAAAAUCACCCAUUUGCCUAAAAACCUCCAUAGCUUCCUCAAACUUUCCUCCAGCACAGUACCCAUUAACCAUCACAUUAAAAGUUCCCAAAUUUACAGCCAAAUGCCUCGGUGGAUUAUGUUCCUUUUUCACCGCAUCAAACAACUUCAAAGCCUCAUCAAACUUCCCAUUCUCACUCAAAGCCUCCAGCACAUAAUUAUAAGCCAUAGCACUCAUCCUAACCUUUGAAUUCUCUCCAACAGCUUCCUCAUAACACUCCAUAGCCUCUUUCUCCAUCUCCUUCAUGAAAUACCCCUUCAUCAAUUGCCCAUAAACCACACCAUCAUCAACAAACCCACCAAGCUUCUCCUUUAACUCCUGAUAAAGCUUUAACACACCAUCAGCAUCAGAAUUCUUCACACACCCCAUCAUUAGAUAACUAUAAACAACAGGAUCCACCACAAAACCUUUAACAGCCAUAUCCUCUUUAAUCUCCAUUGCUUUCUCAAGAUUGUCAUUACUAACUAAACCCUUAACUAAAAUCCUAAAAGUAGCAAUAGAAGGAUUCAAUGGAGCAUUAUCUAUAAACAACUUGUAAUGCUCCAACGCAAUUUCAGGUUUCCUUACAUCAAGAUAAGCCUGGAAUAUCAAAUUGUAUGUGAUGAUAUUAGGUGCAAUACCAGCUUGAUUAAUGAAUCCAUGCAAUUGCAGAAGCGCUCCAUACUUAGCUUGUCGAAGCUGCGCCGCUAAAACAGUAUUCACAGUGAAAAUCGUGGGACGGCAAUUCGAAUACACAGAGUGACGAGUGUACAGAGCAGCUUCUUCUAAAUCAUUCUCUCGGAUCAAUUUCAGGAUAUGAUUAUGAAGAUCGAGACGUUUCCCAACGAGAGCAGAGACAGAUUCAGGUAAUUUCGGGAUAUUAGGGUUUUGAAUUGGUCGAGGGAUUUGAGAUUGUUGUUGCUGAGAUCUGUUGAAUGAAUUAACCGGUGGCUCCAUACGAAGACGACGCUUACGACGGCGACGUUCAGCGGCGGCUUCUUCCUGAGUCGCGAAUGACAUGUAUCGGACGGCGAGAAAUGGCUGCGGCAGAACACGGUGGCGGUAGGAUCUUGAUAGUGUUUGAAGGUGGUUUAAAAAGGCGGCUUUAGAAAUCGACAUGGUUGAAAUGUUUGAGAUUUUCUGAGUGGAAAAAUGAUUCCUUUCAGAGGAAAUGAGAGAGAUAAGGGUUCUUGUUAGGGUUUUAGGAGUUUGGAGAUGAUGAUGAUGAGGUUUAGGGAUUGUUUG